ACAGCUCGUCUGACUGUGAGUCCCAGCAGCUCUCAGUUCUUUAACGGAGGCUUUGUGUCUCUGAGCUGUGAGGAGGACGACAGCUCUGCUGGAUGGACUCUGAGGAGAAACACAAGCAAACAACAGAGGACUCAGUGUGGAGCUGACUGGGGGAAAUCAGCUGGUUCUUCCUGUGACAUAAACUACAUCUACCCAUGGGACAGUGGAGUUUACUGGUGUGAGUCCAGAGAGGGUCCCAUCAGUAACAUGGUUAACCUGACAGUCACUGGUGGAUCAGUGAUCCUGCAGAGUCCUGUCCUCCCUGUGAUGGAGGGAGAUGACGUCACUCUGCUCUGUAAAACAAAGACCACUCCCUCCAACCUCCCAGCUGCUUUCUAUAAAGAUGGCUCCCUCAUCAGGAAGCAGCCUACAGGUCACAUGACCAUCCAGCAUGUUUCCAGGUCUGAUGAAGGCCUCUACAAGUGUGACAUCAGCGGUCAUGGAGAGUCUCCAUCCAGCUGGAUCACUGUCACAGAUAAACCUACACCGACAGCUUCACCCACCACAACAACUUUUCUCACAUCCACAUCACUGUCUACCACAACAGCUCCAAACCCUGGCUGCUCCCUCUGCCAUCCUAAUUUCAGACUAGUCCUCCACCUGCUGGUGAUCUGUCCAUAUUUGAUAUCCACUCUCCUCUUGGUGUCUUUAUAUCAACACAGAGCCAAAGGCUGAGCAGGGACUGGAUGAUGACUGUAAUUACAACAUCACUAGCAUCAACAAAGAGCACCACAUCUGAACCUCUCUACCUUAACUUAAAAAAUUAAAUGUGUUCUGAUGUUUCGAGCUGUGAAUCAAUUGGUUGCUUUUACUCCGUGUUUUUGUAAUGAUUAAGUGGAGAUGUGGAGGAGGUGGAUUAAGUGAAUUAGAGUCUAAAAAGGAAAAUGACAGAAGAGCACUGAGAUUUAAACCGUGCAGAGUGGCAGCUGAUUGGCUCAAAAAAAGGUUAAAAAGAAGAUGAUUGGACUAGAUCAGGGGUGCCCAAUCCCGGUCCUCGAGAGCU